AUGACAUCUGAAGGAACUUUGAGAAGAAUCAUAUCUUCAGUUCUGAAGAUGCCUCAUGGAUCCGAUGCAAUGCUUAAGGUCACAGUGAAAAUUAUUGGAAGUAAACACUUUCAAUACCUCAUUGAGAAACCAAAGAACGGCCGGCCCCAGGGCAGGCACGCUCUCCACGCCGCUUCCCAGGUGCCUGCUGCCUGCCUUUCCAGGCGCCUGUGCAGCCAGGCUCUUUGCUUUUAUUCUCAUCUCUCCAAGAUUUCUGAUCAGGCAAAUGUCUACUGUAGCUUUGUCCCCACUGGAAACCAGUCCCUGUUCUAUGUACAUGGCCUCCCCAGGAGGAAGCUCAGAGGCUGGUCUAUGGAACAGAGGGCGGACUCUUGCCAGCCUGAGAACAUUGCUCAGAAGGCAAGUGGAAUAACAAGAGAAGAUGCGCUCCUUCCCCGACUGGUCAGAAGAAAACUCAAAUUGCAUCCUUUGAGUUCUAGCUUGUUGGACAAGCUUCAGGAAGAGUUGAAGGGCCGCCCUAUCUCUUAAGGAUUCCUCCUCACAUCUCAGCUGAGCCACUUCUUCCUGAGGCACAAGAUGCCCUAGUUGCCCACAGUCCAACUCCUUUGCCAGAGGUUCUCCAGAAGUGGCUCUCUUAAAAUGGACCUGUCCCCUGUGCCUUCACCCAGUGCCCUGCCUCAGCUGUCAGACACUGACCAGAGCCUGCUGGAGAUCCUAAAGAUGGUACUUUGGAUAGUCAGUGGCCAACUCAACAUAGAAAAGGUCAACCUGAGCUUUUGGAGAGAAGGUCACUCAUUCUCUGGCUGCCUUCCUCCACUCGAGGUGAGGGCUGUCUGUGGGAAGCAUGGACUAUAUCUGACCUUGAUCCUGCUGGAAACAUUACUUAAGCAUCAAGAUCUGGGUUACAAAGAUGAAAUAAAGUAAAUGGCAAAAUUCAUUGAGUUGCUGAGCAGAGCUUCUUUGGACUUAUUGUCUGGCUUACCCACGGGGAAGAAUGAAAAGGAAGACCCUGCCUCUUCAGGGAAGCCUGAAGUCCCUGAGGUAUCUCAAAACAAGACUGAAAAAAAAAAACCUCCAGAAGAGGUGUUGCAUCCACAAAACCCUCCUGCUGAGACUUCAGCUCUGGGAGAUCCUCUGAGCCAUUUGAAGAUGAGACCAGUCUCCCAGCCUAUUGAGAGUUCAGCCAUGAAGAAUGGGUCUGAGGAACAUGAGGAGGCCUGGAUAGACAGGUUCAGGAAGCUGGAAAAUGCCCUGUACUUGUGUGAUCUGAACAAUACAGGAAAUCUGGUGAAAAAAUGAGCCAGACACCUCAUUUACAACUACAAUCUCGUUUACAACCUGUCCCUGAGCCCUCCGAAAAUCGACCAGGCUUUGCGAAGAUUCCGUUCCGGAGAAAAUCUGCUGUUAGAGCCAGCACUGCAGUACUUGAGACAGCUAUGA